UAAAAAUAUCGUGAGCAAGCUCACAGGAAAGCUUCCAAUCGCUUUGAUUCUCCUGACUUUCCUACCUUGGAACUGUGUAGCCGGGACAAAAAUCUGCAUACAGCCCAGGCUGGCAUUUGUCAGGUCCAGGAUGGGAAUCUGUCUAACGCAGGAACGAUGCAUACAAUCGUUGCCUGGAAUACGCCGUGGCAGGCUGCAUAAGCGCCAGAUUGAUGCCGGCGGGACGGCCCGCACCGUUGCCUCUCGACCAUGCGCAAGAACUGACGCAAUCUUCCGUCGAACACGACUACGUCCACGUCGUCCAUCCCUCUACCAGGACGUUGACGCUGCGAGUUUUACUGUGUCUGCUUUGGCUCUAGCUGCACUCACUUCCCGCAGGUCUCUGUGGACGGUCUCUUCCUUCGCGACUCACCUUACACAGCCGAGUCUGCUGCGCCAGCGGCGUGUUCCCGGAUAGGCUUUCUGAUCGUGUCUCCCAUGUGCUCUUAGGCUAUCUAUAUAAGAUCUAUCCGCCAGUUUUCAACUUAUCGCUAUAUUUUCGCAUUCAGUUCUACUAUCUCCAGGCAAUCCAUUCCAUU